UUUGCUCAGGACCGAGCGUUUUUAAUAGCAUCUUGUCCUCGCCUGUGUCAAAACUCUUCAUACGAAAUACCUGGUUAAUCAAUACGAAUACAAUAAUCACUUGCGACGCUACAGUAUGAUCAAUGUAGAUUAGGCUUUAUAAAGUCUGUGUUUCCUUCCAUAUUUCCUACCUCCAAUACCAAUAUUUCCAUGGCCAUAGUCUUUCAUCUGUGUAGGGGAAAUGGACUGAAAUGGACAUAAUAAAGUGCGUACUUUGUACUUUCCAACGUUACGGGCGUACUCGUGGUGUGGUAAAAAUGAAUUAGAGUGGAGCGUGGAGUUAACAUUAAUUACAGUUUCUAAUAGUAACUGUUUGUAGCAUGUAACAAUGUACGGCGAGUGGAGACUUCUCUAAGCCCCGCAUACUUGUGAGAUAGGCGUGGAGACGUUUGUGACGUUGGUUAUGGGAUAAUUGAUACCAUCACCGAAGUUUCUCACUCGUGAGGAGUAUGGGGAACUUUGUGAGUGACAUCGUGAUAUGCGUGUUGCUACUAUUUUCAGUCAGCGUCAUAUUUGGAACCAGUGAGAUUAUCAAAUUGAUUAUAAACAAUGGAGAGGAUAUUUUUAAAACGUCUACAUAUAAUUGGGUUAUUCGAUUAUGUUUGAAUUUAUUGGGAUAUGCCACUGUGUUAUUGCCAGGUUGUCUUAUAUACAAAUAUGUACGCUAUAUAAAGUACAUUCAGAGAGGUGGGAAAGGUUGUAUUCCCAAACUGGUGCAUUCAUGCUUUGUGGGACACUGUGAGACAGGGUUCUUGGAUUCACCAACUUAUGUUCCUAGUGCUUCCACUCACAUUCAGCGUACUUUUGCUCAAGAUGCUCUACUUUUGAUAUAUUGUUUCCUUGGAUUACAAAUUAGUUAUUUAACUUGGGGCUAUCUACAGGAAAAGAUAAUGACGCAGGAAUACGAAGAUGCUUCUGGCAGUAAAGCACAGUUUCAAGAUUCGCAAUUUCUAGUAUUUGUAAAUCGCAUUCUUGCUUUUCUGAUGUCCGGAUUAUACUUACUUAUUCAACGUCAACCACAACAUAAGACACCAUUGUAUAAGUAUGCAUUUUGUUCUCUAUCAAAUAUCAUGAGCAGUUGGUGUCAAUACGAAGCUCUAAAAUACGUCAGUUUUCCAUCACAGGUUCUAGCUAAAGCCUCUAAAAUUAUUCCGGUUAUGGUAAUGGGAAAAAUAGUUUCGCAUACGACAUACGAAUAUUAUGAAUAUGUUACUGCGAUUCUUAUUUCUAUCGGAAUGACGCUCUUUAUGCUGGACAGUUCUGAUCAUAAUAAAAACAAUGGAGCAACAACACUCUCUGGUGUUAUUUUAUUGGGAGGUUACUUAUUAUUAGAUAGUUUCACAAGUACCUGGCAAAAUGCACUGUUUAUAGAUUAUGGAGUAACUAGCGUACAAAUGAUGUGUGCAGUUAACAUGUUCUCCUGUUUGCUAACUGCGAUGUCUCUGUUCCAACAAUCGAGCUUUCCGCUAAUCUUUUCUUUCAUGACGACGUAUCCCAGGUUUAUAAUCGACUGUUUGCUGAUUUCCAUUUGUUCUGCAAGUGGCCAAUUGUAUAUUUUUUACACCAUUUCGAAAUUUGGAUCCAUUACAUUCGUCAUAAUGAUGACCAUUCGUCAGGGCUUGGCGAUAUUGUUGUCAUGUUUAAUUUAUCAUCACGAGAUUACUGUAGUUGGAGUAUUUGGUAUACUGUUGGUAUUUGGUUCAGUAUUUUUACGAAUUUAUUGUAACAAUCGAUUACGCAUAAUCAGAAGACGCAGAGCCACGGCAAACAGUAUAAAACAUUAAAAAUUGUAUUAAUUAGACAAAAUUACAA